GCUCUGCAGCUCUGAACUGAAGCAGCCAUUGACAAAAUCAAGAGGCAUCAUGAAUUCAACCCCAAUGGCAGAAACAAAGAACGACACCAUGAAUCAGACAAUGAGCUCAUCAUCUUGCAGGGAUGCAGCGUGUAUUUUUUAUGCAGUAGCAUAUGUGAUCAUCUGUGUCCUGGGUGUUGCUGGAAAUGGUUUGGUGAUCUGGAUUGCAGGAUUUAAGGUGAAGAAGUCAGUCGUCAGCACCUGGUACCUGAGCCUGGCUGUGUCUGACUUCAUAUUUUGUUCAAUUUUGCCCAUCAAGGUCAUCUAUAUGAUCAAUAAAGACUGGCCCUUUGGGCGCUUCAUGUGCAAGUUCAGGUCUUUCACCUUGUGGCUCAACAUGUACAGCAGCAUCUUCCUCCUCGUCAUCAUCAGUGUGGACCGCUGUGUGCUUGUUAUGUUUCCUGUGUGGGCUCAGAACAAGCGCACUGUAAGAAAGGCCUCUGUGAUAGUUAUGCUAAGUUGGAUCAUUGCAGCAGCAUGUAGCACACCAUCGCUUGUUUUCCGAGACAUUCGUCACAAGCAGCAAACAUUGUGCAUCGACAGAUACAUUUAUAAGAAAAAUCAUAUUGCCACUGUAACAUACCGAUUUGUUUUUUUAUUCGUGAUCCCAUUCCUGUUUAUUUUUAUCUGUUAUGCUGUCAUCAUAAGAAAGCUAUCUAACCAGAGGGCGAGGUCCAAAAAGCCCUUCUUGAUCAUGACUGUGCUGAUUGUUACGUUCUUGAUCUGCUGGCUGCCAUAUCACAUUGUUAUUCUGAUUAAAUUACACAUGAAAUAUGAUUUAUUGAUAUCCAUACAGCAAUUUAGUCUCAUUCUUGUCAGUGCCAACAGCUGCCUGAACCCAUUUCUUUAUGCAUUCAUGGGGAAAGAUGUUAAGGAGCAAUGUUACGCCUUUCGAUCAAAGAUUGAGAAUGCGGUCAAGGAGGAGGAGGACCAGAACACCAUCCAAGGGACAGUUUACACCACCUGUGGGGAAAACCAACAUUCAACUAGUAUUUAAAUUUUCAUGAAGUAUCAGAAACUCCCAACUCAAACUUAACUCUCAAGUUUACACCCAAAAAAUAUUUAAUUCAGUUAAUUUGUGUCUGUAUAAA